UUACACAGAGAAAGGGAUUCAAUUCAACUCAGCAAUUAGAACACACAAUCGUAUGUACGAACUGGAAAAUCCCUUUUCCGUCGCAUUCCUCUCUCUUUCUCUUCAUAUAUUUUCGGUAUUUCUGGUUCUACGCUUUGCCUCCUCCCUCUCUCUGCAGUUUUCUCAUGCAUGGCGAUUUCGGGUCAAAUUCCAAGCUAGGGCACGAUCGUUGGUGAAGGCGCGGAGGGAAGAUGUGAUUUCGAGGAAUUUUAAGCGUUUUUAGGGUUUUGAAGCGUCAAAUUUGGUUGUCUUUUACUUGGGUUGUCACUAUCUAAUCGAAUUUCUAGGGUUUGGUUCCGAGGUGAAGUUUACGCAUGAAGAGCGGGUUCGAUCGAACCAAGGUUGUGGUCCGGCACCUGCCGCCGACGAUUUCACAGCCGGCGCUCUUGGAGCAGAUCGAUGCCCGCUUCGCCGGGCGUUACAAUUGGUUCUACUUCCAGCCCGGAAAGACCAGCCAGAAACAUCAAGCUCAUGCUAGAGCCUACAUCAACUUCAACAGGUCGGAGGAUAUUAUUGAGUUUGCUGAGUUCUUUGAUGGGCAUGUUUUUGUCAACGAGAAGGGCACUCAAUUUAAAGCCGUUGUUGAGUAUGCACCUUCACAACGCGUUCCAAAGUUGUGGUCUAAGAAGGAUGGACGUGAAGGGGCCAUCUCUAAAGAUCCAGAGUAUUUGGAGUUCCUUGAAUUUCUUGCUAAGCCUGUUGAGAAUCUUCCAAGUGCAGAGAUACAAUUGGAGAGAAGGGAAGCAGAACGAGUGGGUGCUGCAAAGGAUGCUCCUAUUGUCACACCAUUGAUGGAUUUUGUUCGUCAGAGAAGAGCUGCCAAAGGUGGAAGUCGGAGGUCCUCAUCUAAUGGCAAGCCAACCAGAAAAGCUGCUGGAGCAUCAUCUGGGAGUUCUAGUUUAAGUUCAUCAAGAAGAAGUUCAGAAAAGCGAAGGACUUCUACCACCAUGUAUGUUUUAAGGGAUCCGGCGAAGAGUGCAAAUGGGAAAGACAAAGCUGUCACCCUUAUUUCUAAACGAGAUGAUCAGCAGCUUUUUGAGAAGUCAGUUGUUUUAGCUGGUGCAUCUAGACCUGAAGCCUCAGAAGAGGAAAGUGGAACUUCUGGAAACAUUGAUACAGGGAAGAAGAAAAUCCUGCUUUUGAAGGGGAAAGAGAAAGAAAUUCCUCAUUUGUCUGGUGGCAUUUUAUUGCAGCUGAGUGCAACAUCUGUAAAAAAUUUGCCUGGCUCAAGUGGCCUUAAACAGAACCAGCGACGUGAGGCUAGUGGAAGGAUGAUCAGAAGCAUACUUCUGAACAAGGAUGCACGUCAAAUUCAAUCAUCUAUGGUCCAUUCUGAGCAGCAAAUCCAGGCAUCUAAUCUGGAAAAGGAUAAAAGACCUCCUCGACCCCAAAAUGUUCAGUUGAUCACAAAGGAUACAAAUGGAGCACUGGAAGAUGUACAUGGUUUUUUGAGUGAGAAGCAGGAGAAACGCACAAGGAACAAGGAUAGGCCUGAUCGUGGGCUUUGGACUCCUCUUCGCCGUUCAAAUGGAUCACAUGCUAGUGAUGAGUCUUUAUCCUCUUCUACUUCUCAAUCUACAAAUUUACAGCCAGAUCUUGCAGAAGGAGGUCAUGGAGAUGUGAAAAAUGACAUUUUAAAUGCAAGGAGUGGGGAAGGCAGAAGUGCUACUAGUGGACGCAGCAGUUAUGCCUCGCAAGAUAAUGGGUCCCAUAAACAUGGUGGUCGCCGGGGGUUAGCACAUAGUGUGAAGGAUGCAGAUGGCAAUGCUAUCAUAGGUGACAUGAAGUCGUUGAAGAGAGGAGGUUCUUCUGGUCAUGGCUCCCAUGAGAAACAAGUGUGGGUUCAAAAGUCUAGUGCUGGUACUUAAAAGUGUUAUUUUAACUGUGAAGUUCUUGGUCCUUCAACAUGUUGGAGUGUACUUGCACUAGUUGGCUGGGAGCGCUUUUUUGCUAAGACAAAUCAUCACAUGUCAGCAAAGUCAAGGGAGCAAACCAAGUGUCUUUUGAAUGAGACCAUGGGGGAACUCCAGGUAGCCUGACGAUGCUGGCAGAUAAUUCAUGUAUUUACGGUUUGGUGCCACGAAGAAAAUUUCAAUCCCUUCUUAAGUCAGAGAUCGCAGUAGGAGGAGCAAAGUGGAUAACAACCGAUUGGAAUGGAUACUUAACACGGUAUAAGCACUACUAUAUAACACCACAAUUUUCAUGAGUGCCCCUUUUUAACUUGGGUUGCUUCUCACCGUGGGAGGAAACUAUGUAGGAUGUCUUCUUGCUGAUGAAUCAGCUGGCUAUCGAGAUAUUUAGAUCAUAGGGUGAGCGUUUCUUCUUUGAGCUAAAGCUGUAAAUAUAAAUGUGGAAUAGGCGUGCACAGCAUCCAGUACUUCCUGUGUCUAUAAAUACACACCUCGUUGAGCAGUAUGUAUGCCAUUUGACCUUAUUUGGGUGCAUGCAUCCUGUCUUUAUAAUAGUGUUUUAAGAUCAUUACAGGAUUUGGGAGAUGGCUCUGGCUCCGGCUUUGGCUUUGUGUAUGUUAUUAGGUACUGGAAUGACUUUGAAAGAGGUGAGGAAAUGAGUGGAGUUGUUUUGGUGUGAGGUGUUGAUGAGAUUGAAAAGGGAACAUUUGCAUUGUGAAUGAUCUUUAAUUUUCACUCUCCA